GCUGCGUCCCCGGAAGUCCCGCGCAGAGGCUAGUGGGCCUUCGGCCCCGGCGGCUAUGGCCGUGGGUGCAGUGGCGGCAGUACUGGCCGCACUGGGUGGGGCCCUGUGGCUGGCAGCUCGGCGGUUCGUGGGGCCCAGCGUCCAGCGGCUGCACGGCGGCGGGGUCUCCGGCCUCAUGCACGGGAAGACCGUGCUGAUCACGGGGGCGAACAGCGGCCUGGGCCGCGCCACGGCCGCCGAGCUGUUGCGCUUGGGGGCGCGGGUGAUCAUGGGCUGCCGGGACCGCGCGCGCGCCGAGGAGGCGGCGGGUCAGCUCCGCCGCGAACUCCUCCAGGCCGGGGACCCCGGGCCAGGCCCCGACGCCGGCGGGGCGGGCGAGCUCAUCGUCAAGGAGUUGGACCUCGCCUCGCUGCGCUCGGUGCGCGCCUUCUGUCAGGAGAUGCUCCAGGAAGAGCCUAGACUAGACGUCUUGAUCAAUAACGCAGGCAUCUUUCAGUGCCCUUAUAUGAAGACCGAAGAUGGGUUUGAGAUGCAGUUUGGAGUGAACCAUCUGGGGCACUUCCUGCUCACCAAUCUUCUCCUUGGACUCCUCAAAAGUUCAGCUCCCAGCAGGAUUGUGGUAGUUUCUUCCAAACUGUAUAAAUAUGGAGACAUCAACUUUGAAGACUUGAACAGUGAACAAAGCUAUAAUAAAAGCUUUUGUUAUAGUCGGAGCAAACUGGCGAACAUUCUUUUUACCAGAGAACUAGCCCGCCGCUUGGAAGGCACAAACGUUACCGUCAAUGUGUUACACCCUGGUAUUGUGCGGACUAAUCUUGGGAGACACAUACACAUCCCACUGUUGGUGAAACCACUUUUCAAUUUGGUAUCAUGGGCUUUUUUCAAAACUCCAGCAGAAGGUGCCCAGACUUCAAUUUAUUUAGCAUCAUCACCUGAAGUAGAAGGCGUAUCAGGAAAGUACUUUGGGGAUUGUAAAGAAGAGGAACUAUUGCCCAAAGCUAUGGAUGAGUCUGUUGCAAGAAAACUCUGGGAUAUCAGUGAAGUCAUGGUUGGCAUAUUAAAAUAGAAACGGGGUGAAAGAGAGCUGUUUAUAAAACUACAUGUCAGUUAUAGCUGCGAUCAGGAAUGGUGUGGCUUGAGCACUUGCUACUUGAAAAAUUUUGGUUACAAUAGUACUGCUUAGAGGUACAUAUGGAUAUUUUCAAGUUAGUAAAAUCAUUUAUUGAAGAAGAUAAAAUUUUUGAAAAGAUGGUUUAAAUAUAUAUAAUCACAAUGAAUACUGAAAUAAGUAUAAUAAAUACAAUUAUUUUAAGAAUUAUAAUUGAACAAGCAUGGAUUACAAAUAUUAAAGAAUUCAGUGGCUUAAAGUAGACACCUUGAGAAGUUUUUCAAAUAUCUUUGAGUUUCAUGGCCAGUUUUAAAUAUUAUUGCAGUGCUGGGGUUUGUGUUGAAAUAAUAUGCCUGGUGCAUGUGCAGAAUUCUCACUUGGAAUAAAUUUACUGAUGCCAA